AGGGUUUGAACUAAAUAAAGGAGAGAGGACUGAUUCAUUUUGCAGCUUUAAUAUCUACAGCUCCUCCCAGUUACACAAACAACACACUGCUGUGUUUCAUAAUGUGGAGUACUGUGGUGUAAUGAGAUGAGAAAACUAACUGUAGGAUGAUUUAUGGGUUUAAAUGACUCGAGCCUCGGUGUUUUCAGACUUGAUAAACUGAAACGAGUGAAGUUUUCAGCUGUUUUCUUUCACCAACGCUGUUUUUCACAAUCAUAGUUGCACUGGACACACUGAUGUGAUGAACACAGCUCUUCAAACACAUAAUCUGUAAUAAUAAUCUCUCACAAGGUUUGUCCUGGUUCUUCCGGUCCGGCCCAGAAUGGCUUCUGCCAGCAGCACCAAGGUGUCAUGGCGACUGCAGGAGUUCGAGGCGCACUCACGGAGCGUUUCCUGUCUGGUUCUGGGGAAAAGCUCCGGCCGCCUGCUGGCCACAGGAGGAAAGGACUGCAGGGUCAACAUCUGGGUUGUCAGCAAAACCAACUGCAUCAUGAGUCUGACGGGUCACAAGAACCCGGUGGAGUGUGUCCAGUUCAACACGUCAGAGGAGCAGGUUGUGACCGGCUCUCAGUCUGGAUCCAUACGAGUCUGGGACCUGGAGGCUGCCAAGAUGUUGCACACUCUGAUGGGACACAAAGCCAACAUCACCAGUCUGGGUUUUCAUCCGUUCGGGAACUUCCUGGCCUCCAGCUCCACGGACACCAACAUAAAGCUGUGGGACAUACGCAGGAAGGGCUACGUGUUCAGGUACAAGGGUCACACUCAGGCGGUCAGAAGCCUGGCCUUCAGUCCGGACGGGAAGUGGUUGGCCUCAGCAAGCGACGACGGCACUGUGAAGCUGUGGGACCUGUUUCAGGGGAAAACCAUCACAGAGUUCACGUCCCACUCUGCAGCCGUCAACACUGUCCAGUUUCACCCCAAAGAGUACCUGCUGGCUUCUGGCAGCUCCGACAGGACCGUCAAGCUUUGGGAUCUGGAAAAGUUCACCCUGAUCGGCACAUUAGAAGGAGACACGUCUGCAGUCAGGUGUCUCCUCUUCAGUCCUGAUGGCUCCUGCGUUUACAGCGGCUCCUCAGACUCCCUUCGUGUCUUUGGCUGGGAGCCUGACCGCUGUUUUGACGUGGUUCCAGUUGGUUGGGGGAACGUUUCAGACCUGGCUGUCUGUAACCAGCAGUUGAUCGGUGUGUCUCACCAGCUGUCCGUUGUCUCGUCGUACGUAGUCGACUUGAAGAGGGUGAAGAAAAGCGGCGACGCAGUGAUCCAGGGUAUAAUCCAGGACAACAAGCCGCUCACAGAGCCCACGGAGCCCAGGACAGCGGCACUUCGUCGCAGCUACGACAGACCCUCCACCUCCUGCAGGGUGCGACAGCGCUCCGAGGCCGACAGGCGGAGUCCCGAGGGAGAAAGACAAAGCCCGAGCGAAGACGACUUCGAGGAGAAACAGUUAUCAGCAGAGAUUCACAACGCAGAAGAAUACAAGGAGAUCUUCCAGCCAAAGAACGCCAUCUCUCGUACCCCUCCCAGGAUAUCGGAGCCGUUUCCUGCCCCUCCUGAGGACGAGAGCGUGAAGGCCAUCAGUCGACAGCUGAAGGACAUGAUGCCUCCUUUUCCUGAUAAACAGAAGGCUCCGCCCCUCGCCACCUCCACUCCCGUUCAGAGGGUGGAGCCGACAGUGGUGUCCUGCCCAAAGGGCCCCGCCCCGUCCUCUAAUCCCUCCCCCUCCAGCCCACCUGCCCCGCCCACCCAGAGCAACAAGGCCAAACUCAAACCGCAGCCCAGAAUCAUCCCCAGCACCAGGAACGAGCCCAUCGGACUGAACGUGGCCGACUUCCUGCCUUCCUCAGCCAACAACCAGGCUGCCGACCUGAGCGACGACGACGCCCUGACCCAGAUCAAGAAGGGUCACGACACCAUGUGUGUGAUGCUGAGCAGCCGACGCAAAAACCUGCAGACGGUCCGGACCACGUGGGCCCGAGAGGACAUCAAGAAUGCUGUGGACUCUGCUGUCUCCAUGAAUGACCUGUCCAUCAUGGUGGACGUCCUCAACAUCAUCAACCUGCAGCCCUACAUGCAGACCGGCUCCACGUCUCUGAAGCUCAUCAUGAAACACUUCUGGACUCUGAUCUCAGAAACUCUGAAGGCCUCGCCAGCCGUGGGCGUGGACAUCACCCGAGAGGAGCGACACCUGAAGUGCUGCGAGUGCUACAAGCACCUGAAGAACCUGAGCAACAUCGUGAAGAACCGAGCCGGGCAGGUCGGGCGCCACGGCAGUGCCUUCAAGGAGCUGCAGCUGCUCAUGACCCCGCUCCACGAGGCCCUCUGAGGACCGCCGAGAGCCGGAUCAGCUGAUCUGAUCUCUGAGAGCCCAGAGGAAGAUGAUCCAGUUCAGUUCAGAGAAAAACUGCUGGAACCACAAUCCUGCAGAACACAGACGAGAUCACUUCAGGUCCAACAGUUUUAGUUCAGUGAGACCGAACGGAUGCAGUUUGUGCUUUUUUUAAUUUUUUUGUUUUUAUGAACAGACUGAACCUUCAGACGGACCGUUGGACUGAACCGGUCUCAGGUUGGACUGAACCGGUCUCAGGUUGGACUGAACCGGUCUCAGGUGGGACAGAGACCCUUGUUAAUGAACUGCUCUUGAAAGUUUCAGAAAUUUUUUUUAUGUUUUAAAUGUUAACUUGUAUAAAAUAUAAAAAGUUAAAUAAAAAGUGUUGAAAUGUA